AUGGACCCCGCCUCCCAAACCCUCCCGCCAGAGGCCAUCGCCCUCGCGGGCCGCAUGUACGACGGCGCGCGCAGCGGCGACAUGGCCCUCUUCCAACAGGCCCUCCCCGCCGGCCUCCCCGCCAACAUGACCAACGAAAAAGGCGACACACUGCUCAUGCUGGCCGCCUACCACGGACACGCGGAGCUGGUCAAGCUCCUGAUCCAGCACGGCGCGGAUCCCAACCGGCUGAACGACAGGGGCCAGAGUCCCCUCGCCGGCGCGGUGUUCAAGAAGGAGGACGGCGUGAUUGAGGUAUUGUGUCUCUCUCGUUUCCCGGUUAAGGGCGACAUGGGACGUGAGCACGGGAGUGCUGAUUUGUGUGUUCAGGUUCUGCUCGAGGGCGGCGCGGAUCCGGAGUACGGGAAUCCCAACGCGUUGCAGUGCGUGGCCAUGUUCAAGCAGGAGGAGCAGUGGCAGGCCAAGUUCGAGAGCGCGCCGGGGAGGGGGAAGGCCGAGACGAAAGCAUGA